CUGUAUGUUAUUAUUACCAGCACAUGACGUGGUUGAUGAGUUCAACUACCCAACCAAACUAUGCCACAUCUUCUUGUUAUUAUUUGCACUCUCUUAUUAAAUCACUCUUUUAAUUAAAAGUUGUUGAAAGUUGGGGCUACUGUACUACCUCUCAAUCCCAUGUUACCCUAUUUCAUUAUAUAACCCAAUCAUCAUAUCACAAACACUCAUCAUAAUUACAAUUACAACUUUUUCUCUUCAAUUUCUCAAUUUUUGAACCUUUCUUUGGUUUCUCCUCCCUCUUAGAUCUCCCUUCAAUGGCUGCUUUCGUCUCACCUAUUAGAAGACUCUACCUUACCCUUUACAAUUGGACCGUUUUAUUUGGAUGGUUACAAGUUCUGUAUCUUGUUUUGAAGACAUUGAAGGAACAGGGUCAUGAGCAUGUUUACUCUGCAGCUGAAAAACCCUUGCUUUUUGCUCAAACAGCUGCUGUAUUAGAGAUUCUUCAUGGUUUAGUUGGACUUGUGAGGUCUCCAAUAACAGCAACAUUGCCUCAGAUAGGUUCAAGGUUGUUUCUGGUUUGGGGCAUCUUGUGGAGUUUUCCUGAGAUUCGGACGCAUGUUCUUGUGAGCUCCCUACUAAUCAGCUGGUCUAUCACUGAGAUUAUUCGCUAUUCUUUCUUCGGAUUUAAGGAGGCUUUUGGAUUUGCCCCAUCAUGGCUUUUGUGGCUUAGAUAUAGCUCAUUCUUAGUUUUGUAUCCAACAGGCAUAAGCAGUGAAGUUGGUUUGAUAUACCUUGCCUUGCCAUUCAUUAAGGCAUCCGAGAAGUAUUGCCUACGGAUGCCGAAUACAUGGAACUCUUCAUUCGAUUUCUUUUACCUCUCAAUCGUUGCAUUGGGAAUCUACGUUCCAGGUAGUCCUCACAUGUACUCAUAUAUGCUUGCGCAGAGGAAGAAAGCCCUCGCCAAAUCGAAGACUGCUUAGUACAACAUCAGUAGUUUUCAUUGAUUUUUUACCAAACACGGGAUAUGUAUAUAUUACAUGUCAUGUCUUGUACUUGGAUCCGCAAAUAUGUGUAUCUAGGGAAAAAAUUGCUUAUCUUAUUAGUGUAUCAUUAAAAUAAAAUAUGCCAGAUAUAUAUAUAUAAUCUGUUAUUUUAUCCUUUCA